AUGUCGCCUGGCGUUCUCGGCGGGAUCGAAGUGUCCUCCUCAGCAGAAGCACCACCAGCACCAACACCAUCAGCCCCAGAGGACUUUGUGCAGCUGGAUCGCGCUUCCUUUUCGCAGGAGAAAGAAGUGACGUUUCUUCGUGUGCCGCUGCAGCAGCUACAGGAGUACUCCAAGGCCCUUCGGAAGUACCUCCUGAAGGGAAGAAACCUCAAACCCGUCAUUCCAGACCUCGAGAAAGAACAAGAGCAACAGCAGCAACAGAGGGUGGUGGACUCCCCAGGCGCAACAGAGCAGACGCUGUCGCAGCAAGAGCAGCAGCUCCAGCACAAUGACGGUUCUGCAUCUCCCAAUGGCAAACCGGAAGAGUUCAAAUGUCUCUUAUUGGAUCCUGCUAUCGGAGCAGAUCUGGCAGAACUGCCCGACUCCCUGAGACAGCUGGUGCAAAAUUCUGGGAUUCGUGUGGGGAGGCAUCGGAUAUCUGUUGGCUAUGACAAUCUCUCAGCUCUGGAGUGUCUUUCCGCAUUAAUGCCAGAGACUGCGGAGGUGCCGCAUCGGUUCGAGUGUGUGGGGCAUAUCGCUCACCUGAAUCUCCCAGCCACCCUCCUUAAGUUCAAAUAUGCCAUUGGGCAAGUGGUCCUCGAUAAGCAUCCUCAGCUGCGCACGGUGGUCUUGAAGACGGGCAUUGGCGAGAAAUGGAGAGAACUGCAGUUUGAGCUUCUCGCUGGCGAAGCGGACUACGUCGCUAAAGUAAAAGAAAGCGACUUGGUCUUUGAAGUGGACUACGCAAAAGCGUUUUGGAACUCUAGGCUUUCGUGUGAACGCCAGCGCAUCACAGCUCUCAUUCCAAGAGACGCAGUUGUUUUAGACGCUUUUGCGGGAGUUGGAGCAUUCGCCAUCUUUCUGGCUCGCAGCGGUUGCGUUGUUGCUGCAAACGAUGGAAAUCCUGCCUCUGCAGCAAACAUGAAGACAAAUGCGAAACGCAACCGAGUCUCUGCGUUGGUGGAGGUGCACAACCGAGACGCACGGGAGUUCCUUAGAACCCAGGCACAGCCAGAGGCCAUUGCGGCCCUCCUGCAGAAGCGUGUGCAGGCCAGAGGAACCUCAGCCCCCCCAACAUCAGCUCCAAGAGUACUGGCAGCUGAAACAGGGCAUGAAGUGCAAACCCCUGUUGAGGUUCACGUGCUGAUGAACCUUCCGGAACUGGCAAUUGAAUUUUUAGACGUAUUCCCAGGACUCUUGAGCCGGACAGAGCCGCACUCAAAGAGAUUGCGCCCUGAAGCGAGACUAAACAGCGACGCAGCAGCCGCAGAGAAACUUCGAAUUGCCAAGUGGCGCGUGCACUGCUACGCUUUUUGCAGAAACCCUAAGCCCGAAGAGGAACUACGGCCGCGCGUGGAAGCUGCCCUUGGCUGUUGGCCUGAGCCAGUUGACAUACAAGAGGUAAGGGACGUGGCGCCACACAAGAGGAUGUAUUGCAUUGCCUUUGAUAUACCGGUUUCGCUACUUCGGGACGAGUCCAAAGCAACUGUAGCUCAAGAACAGGCAGAGAAGGAACCUUAG